AAUUGGAGCAGCCAGCAGUUGGCCCGACCAGCCGGCCUGACUGACAGACAACAACAGUCCAAACUGAACCAAACUAAAACUCAACUUCCAGCAGACGGUGCUACGCUGGAAAAAGCAGGGGAAAAAGGAGAGAAGUUGGAUUAACCCGCCGACUUUCAGUUGAAGAGGUUGGGAAAAUGAAAAGCCGGGAUCUAUUGCUGUUGGCGUGUUGCUUAUGCAGCCUGAGCACACUGGGAGAUGCCACAGAGGAUGAAGAGACUCUGAUGAAGAAGAUCUUUACCAAUUACAACUUGAAGGUCAGGCCAGCACCCAGUCCUGAAGACAGGGUGGUGGUCCGCGUGGGUAUGAUACUGUCAUCCUUCGUAGGACUGAACAUGAAGAAAGAAGAAAUGAGCACAAUUGUUGUUAUGAAUCUGGAAUGGACGGACUUCCGAUUGUCAUGGAAACCUAAGGAUCAUGGUGGAAUCAAGGUGUUGCGUAUCCCUUAUGGGAAGAUUUGGCAGCCCGACAUAGUCCUCAUUAAUAACAACAAUGGGGUGUUUGACGUGGCCUUGCAUGUCCACGUUCAGGUGUACAGUACCGGCAAAGUCACCUGGACUCCCCCUGCAUUGUACUGCAGCUCCUGUGCUGUUCAGGUGGAAUAUUUCCCCUUUGACUGGCAGAACUGCACGAUGAAGUUCCGCUCUUACACCUAUGACUCCACAGAGAUCGACCUGCAGUACGCGCUGGAUUCAAAAGGCAAGGAAAUAAAGGAGAUCCAAGUGGACGAGUCUAUAGGUGAGAGCGGCGAGUGGUUCAUCAAACACAAGCCGAGCAGGAAGGUCAUGAGUGACGAUCAGUACGAGGACAUGGUCUUCUACCUGAUCAUCGAGAGGAAGCCUCUGUACUACGUGCUGAACAUCAUCCUCCCCUGUAUUCUCAUCACCAUCAUCGCCAUCUUUAACUUCUACCUGCCUCCUGAUGCAGGUGAGAAGAUGGGCCUGUCCAUCAACGUCCUGCUGACCCUGACUGUCUUCCUGCUGCUGCUGGCUGAUAACAUUCCUGAGACGUCACUGGGCGUCCCCAUCAUUGUCAACUACAUCAUGUUCACCAUGAUCCUGGUCACGUUCUCCGUCAUCCUGAGUGUGGUCGUCCUCAAUCUACAUCACCGCUCCCCCAAAACUCACAUAAUGCCCAUGUGGGUCCGUAAGAUUUUCAUCCACAUGCUUCCUCCUUAUCUCUGCAUGCUGCGGCCUAAAGUGGAAACCCCUCUGUACGUGGAACUCUCGCCCCGCAAGGAGAAAUACAAGAUCUGCAUCAAUAAAGCAGCGGAUGAAUACUUCAUCCGCAAACCAGACACCUCCGUCCUCUUCCCGCGACCUAACAGGUUUCAGCCCGAGGGCAUGUGCACGGACCUCAGGAAAUUCAUUGACGGCCCCAGUAGCUAUCUUUCGUUACCUGAGGAUCUGAAGUCAGCCAUCGAAGCCAUUACGUAUAUCGCAGAAGCCCUGCAGGCCGAGAAGGACUAUGAAGCUCUGAAGGAGGACUGGCAGUACGUGGCUAUGGUGGUGGACCGCAUGUUCCUCUGGAUCUUUGUCGUCUUCACCACUGUGGGAACCUUGGCCAUCUUCGCCUCUGCCCGUUUUAACCACACGCCCACUAACCCGUUUAAACCGAUGUAAGGCAUUUUUCUGCCAGUGAUUUUCUGUGUGUAGUUCACCAUUGGACCACUGUGCCUCUGAACCUCAUAUUUCUGCCACUGCAACAGGGGUCUCUAUAUAAAUACAGCCUGAACCAUAGAGACGAUAAUGGCAAUAUUCUGUGUCAAUGUCAACAACAACUUAUACACACUCAAAAGAGUAU